AUGCCGAGCAGCCCCGAGGCUCGACGGCUGGCAGAGGAGCUCGACGCCAUGGCCACGUUCCCGUCCCAGGAGGCUGGAGCAACAGGCGGCAGUACGAGCCCACCGAGCAAGACGGCCCGUCUUGCCGAAGAUCCUCUUGAAGCUGUUGCUAAUCUGCGCGCUGUGGUUGAUUCCACUCGUGGAGAGAUGCUCGGAGCCGUCGCCAAGCUGCACGCCAGUGUCACGCAGUUCAGCACCACCAUCUCUGCCAACUGCGACGCCAUCACCAAGCGGGUGGAGAUGCGCUACGCGGAGCUGCAGGCCGAGCAGAAGAGCACCAACAACCGUGUCACGACCCUGGAGCGGCGGGUUUCCCAGCUGCAGGAGCUAUUGCAGUGCAUCAAGAAUGAAGAGCCGCAGACCGUGGUCACCGACACGUCCUUCAACAGAAUGGUCGACCCGUGUAUCAUCGUCGCCAGGACGAAGAAUGUAUGCAGUCGUGGUGCCGUUCAAGAAGCUCUGGCUGACUGGUUGGCUCGUGCCCAGCUUGCGCCAGAGGACUAUGACUACCAAUCGGACCCCGCUGGAAAGAGGUUCGUCUUCCGCGUCAAGGGGAAUGCCACCUACGCCGCCAGGAAGGUGGGCCAGGCGAUGGGAGCACUACGAAUCGGAAAUGGGCAGUGGGAACAUCACGCGUGCAAAGACAUGCUUGGUGCAAAGUGUGAGAUAUUCGUCAGCACGGACAAGAACCCCGCCAUGGUCAAGAAGGAACUCGGCCUCAAGCAAUUGCGGAAGGCCUUCCAAGAGGUCGACGGCAACCUGCGCCUUUUCUCCGACAAGGCGAAAGGCGAGCUGUCUGCGAACUGGAAGCCUCUGGUACGUUUCACGCCCAAGCCAGGAGACGAGGAGCCCAUCCUCGAAUGGUGUAUGCCCAACAUGCUCGCCCUGGGGCUGGACAAAGAUCUGGUCCCAGGUCGAGUUCUCAGAGUUGCGAUUGAUUUUGGGGAUUUCGCUGUCAUUCAUUACAAUGUUCACAACUACCAGUUAGGAUCCGUAGCUAAGAAGAAGGCCUUGGAUUCAAUUAAGCACGACCUCGGGGUCGCAGAGGCGGACCCUUCUGCGCUGCUUGUCAUCAUUUCAGGUGAUUUCAACUUCGCAUGCACGCCGCCACGUAAGGAACCUGAGGCGGAGGUAGAUGAGCAGACGCUUCGGUAUCUUCAGGAGUGGAGGAGUACGCAGGACUGUGGAUGGAUGGAGGUGUUGAGGAGGAUGGUGGAAUUAGAAGUGCCAGAACCUACCCAUCAUUACCUGCCGACGCGGAUGCUCAGCUACAUAGAUCGGCAGUUUAUUUCGAUGCCUGGGUGGAUGCUCCUGCAGAUGUCCGUCGAGGGGAAGGUAGUUGAAUACCCCGACAUGCUCAGCAAGAAAGGGAUAUCCGACCACGCCCCGAUCCAG